CAAAAUCAAGUUAAGUACUACAAAAAAAAAAAGUUACAAGUAAUAACCAACUAAAUGAAAGUUUUUACCUUAAUACUCACAUUCUCCAUCAUCAUUGCCUUCUCACAUGCAACACCAACAUUAGUCACUCAACUUCAACUUCAAUUGAAUCAAUCUUCCAAGCUAAACCAUACUGAACAACAAAUUAAUGAGGUUAGAUUGAUGAAUGGUAGAGGUAGAGGUAGAGGUAGAUAUGUAGACUGCAGCUACUUGAUUACCAUAAAGACAAGCUGUGAUUCUCCAAGAAAUUCAAAAGAUCAUAUUGGUCUUUUAUUUGGAGACUCCAUUGACUCCGAGAUAUAUGUUCCAAGACUAGAUGGACCUGAUUCUGGGCCGUUUAGGAGGUGCAGGACGAUGUCAUUUGAUGUAAAAGCACCAGAACCAUGCAUGGGAGAAAUAUGCAAACUGUAUCUAUUUAGGAAUGGAACUGAUGGUUGGAUGCCAGAGACUGUUACAGCUUAUGAUUAUCAUUACCCUCCUGUCAUUUUUAACUACAACUUUUUCCUUUCUGAGGGUCCUGGAGUUGGCCACAAUUAUUGUGGUAAAUCAUAGUGUCUUUGUGUCUCUAUGUUCUUUAACAACAAAAAUAUUAAGAUAGGUUUGAAUAAUGUUGCUUCUAGUAUGAAAUAAAUGUGUUUAUUGAUAUGAGAUGAGUCAUCAAGUUAUAUUAAUCUAUGAGAAAAAGUGUUUAUUGCAUUAA